CGACGAAAACGGAAAAGCCUCUCCCACACGCCAGAGGGUCGGCGAGUCUGCUGUUUCCGGCGCUCUAGCCUCGCCCCGCUUAGUCCCCUCGCGCGGACACUCUUGCGGGCACCGUCGCCGUCACCGUCACCGCCAUUCUUGGUCAUGGUCCAUGCCGACCGCUGCCGAUUCGCGGGUAAGAUCCGCGCAUUGACGAUAACCAAGAUGGGCGACGUCCGUGAUCGGCACCGACGUGUCCGCGCUCAGGCUUGGUCAUGGUCGUCGGUCUCUUUCCCUGCAGAGACGCGCAACACUCCGGGCCCUCGGGUCAUGUUCGACGUCGGCAGCAGGAGCUGCGGCUGCAUCGGCGUCGAUUACGCGGGUCAGACGUGCGCGGCCGCCUUCCUCUGCGGCACCAUGGUGGAGGUGCGCGUCACGGAGGGCGCCUUCGACGACGCCGAGCUCGUGGAGCUGGUCUGCUCGCUGCGGCCGGUCGCGUCCGCGGCGCGUGCCGAGCAGCUGUUUCGGCAGCCAUUCGCCGAGAGGUGCUACUGGGCGCGCCAUCCACAUGCUGGCGGCCACGUCACGUUCCUUGGCGUGAGCUCCCUGUUCGAAGGCUUCCUCUGGAACUUUGGCCUGGGCCCAAGGGCGCCCGCGCGGUGGCGCUGCGGCUCCUCCAGCGCCCGCCUCCCAGGCGAGUGCGUGUCGCCCGUCGACCUCGCCGGCUACGCCCUGGACAGCGUCGGCGUCAUUGAUGGGGCAGCAAUCCCGUGGAAAUACUCGCCCUUUAUUUCCCGGCGGCAUCGUCUCGGGAUCAUUACGUCUGGAUCCGGCACGUUCGCCGCCUGGGGCCAAGCCGGCAGGAGGUCCCCUGGCCGCCCAGGACGGGCGCCUUCCCCUGCGAGGUUACCGCCGCGGAGACUCGAGGACAAACCAAGCAUCACAAGCACGGCUUUUCGGCGCUCCUCGCGGCUUUCUCGGAUCGGCGCUUGGGCCCCCCCAGCCUGGCGCGCGGAGCGCGCCAGAGAGAGCGAGAAAUCCGCGGGGACCUCCCACAGUCCAUUUCGGAUGCAACUCCUGGCAGGUCAAAUUCUGAUUUUGUCCUGGUUCGAAAUCUGCCUGAAUCCCGCUUCAUCCAGCUGAACCCCGCUUCAUCUGGCCUGAUCCCGCUGGAUCCGCGGCCUAGUCCGCC